CAGUAAUGAUAUGAAGGUGAGUGAUAAGCCAGUAACAGAUGUUGGAUCCAUCUGCUCACCUAAAUCGAUUUAAUGUCAUUUCUAUUUCUAUCUGUUUGUUCAACGAACUUCUUUUCUCCUAUUUAAUAUACCCAAUUAAUCCUACCGUCUGUAAUCAACCCUCUUACUCUGGAUCUCACUCCCACAACGAGUUCAGCAAUGGCGGGAUUUUUGUCGAUUCUUAGGCGAUUGUAUCUCACCGCUUAUAAUUGGAUUGUCUUCGCCGGAUGGUUUCAAGUAUUGUUCUUGGCUUUGAAAACUCUAAAGGAAUCAGGGCACGAACACGUUUACAGCAACAUUGAGAAGCCGCUUUUAUUGGCUCAAUCGGCUGCCUUUCUAGAGAUUCUACAUGGUAUCGUAGGCUUGGUAAGAUCCCCAAUAUCAGCAACGCUGCCUCAAAUAAGUUCAAGGUUGUAUGUGGUGUGGGGAAUCCUGUAUAGUUUUCCUGAGGUACAAACACAUCCUCUUGUUAGCUCUUUGGUCAUCAGUUGGUGUAUCACUGAGAUUGUUCGGUAUUCUUUCUUUGGCACAAAGGAGGCAUUCGGUUCUGCUCCAUACUGGCUGUUAUGGCUCAGGUAUAGUACUUUUCUGGUAUUGUAUCCAACUGGUAUCGCUAGUGAAAUUGGUAUGAUCUACAAUGCCCUACCUUUUAUGAAGGAAUCUGGAUUGUAUUCAGUAAGAAUGCCCAACAAGUGGAACUUUUCAUUUGAUUAUUUCUAUGGUGCAAUUGUGGUGAUUGCGAUUUACAUACCAGGUAUCCCGCAUUUGUAUGGAUACAUGCUUGGACAAAGAAAGAAAACUCUGUCUAAAUCGAAAAAGGAGUGAAGAAUCUUAAAUCUCUAUGGUUGUUUAAUUGUAACCAUUGUUGAUGAGUUAUGUUAGUCGUAUUUUCUUUAACCUUUGUAGCGUAAUUUCUUGCACACAGACAUGUUGAAUGGUGAUGAUGUAACUUCACUAUUUAAUUAAUUUAUUAUCUCUCCAUCAAGAAUUUUC